GCACACAUCACACCAUCGAGCGCGUGGAGACGAGCUCGUUGGGCACGUUGGGGCACGGUAUAUAGUGGGCUGCGUUCUCAGCUGACAGCUCCGACUGACUCCCAAGACGCACCAACCCACAACAACACAAUGACCAACGCCAUCCCCACCAGCCAGCGCGCCGUCGUCCACGCCGAGCCGGGCUCGGUCGAGAUCGUCACGAUCCCCGUGCCGACGCCGCAGGAUGACGAGGUGCUCAUCCGCGUCGCGCACUACGCCAUCAACCCGACCGACUGGAAGCAGGUCGACACGAGCGCCACGGGCCGGGGGACGGUCGUGGGCGUCGACGUCGCGGGCACCGUCGUCGCGCUCGGGCCGAACGCGAGCCGCUUCAAGGUCGGCGACGUGAUUGCCGGCCUUAGCCCAGGCAACAAGUUCAAGGACAAUGGCGGCGCGUCAGAGUACGCCCUCGUCGAGGAGGAGCUCGCGUUCGCGCUCCCCAAGGGGCUCGGCACGGCCGACGCCGCGACGUGGGGCAUUGGCGCCGGCACGGCCGCGCAGGUGCUGUUCCAGAGCCUGGGCAACGCGUUCCCUGUGCCCGGCACGCCUGCGGCCCCGCUCAACAAGUGGUUCCUCGUGUCGGGCGGCAGCACGGCCGUCGGCCUCUUCCUCGUCCAGCUCGCCAAGCGCGUCGGCUACAGCGUGGUCGCGACGGCGUCCCCGGCCAACUUUGACCUCGUGAAGAGCUACGGCGCCGACGCGCUCGUCGACUACCACGACGCGGGCGCCGCCAUCGCCGAGAUCAACAAGGUGACUGGCGGCAAGGUCGCGCAAGGCGCAGAGCUGUACGGCGGCCCCAGCUGGGACAUCUCGGCCAAGGUCGUGCCCGAGGGCUCGCUUGCCGCCAUCGUCGGCGGCGACCCGACCGACAAGGCUAUCCUCAGCAUCCUCGGCUACGCGCUCAAGCGCAACAAGGCGACGUACCGCGAGAAGGACCACGACUACACCGCCAAGUUUUACGCGCUCGUCCCCGGCCUCAUCACCAAGGACGGGGUCAAGUCGGGCACUGUCACUGAGCGGAUCGGCAUCGAGGCCGUCGCGCAGGGCCUCGCGGAUAACAAGAAGGGCGUGUCGGCCACCAAGAUUGUCGUCAAGAUUGCGCAGUAG